UUUCGAAUUUAAACAAAAUGUCAGAAAGUACGUCUGAGGAGAAAAAAAAACCGAUUCCGGUAGAGAAACCCCGAUCCAAAAAUAAAGCACACAAUGAAAUCAAAAUUGUUGUGCGGCACUUGCCGCCAACGAUGACGGAAAAGGAAUUCUUAGACCAUGUGGAUCCAUUGCCAGAGAUAGAUUCGUACUAUUACUGUCCAGCCGACUGGACACUGGGUCAAGAAGCCUCAUGUCGCGCCUACAUCAAUAUGUCAACAAAGAACAUCGAAGAAGUUUUGCAAUUUCGAGAUCGGUUUGAUGGUUAUGUAUUUCUGGAUGCCAAGGGCGAUGAAUAUGUGGCUAUUGUGGAGUAUGCUCCAUUCCAAUGCUUUGCCAAGAACAAGGCACGCAGUCACGACAAUAAGGUAGACACCAUCGAGAGUGAGCCACAUUUUCAGGAAUUCGUUCAGAAGUUUAUCGAGGACAAGGAAGAGGCCAGCCGCCUGGGAGAUGUUAAAAUUGAUAUUGCGUAUGACGAUACCGAUGAUGAGGUCCAGUCAACACCCCUGCUUCAAUAUUUGGCCAAUAAGAAGGAGAAGCGACGCGAGGAUAAACGCAAGCAGCGGGAGGAACAGAAGCAGCAACGUCUAUUGGAUCAAUCCAAAAAUAACAAUUCAAAAGAUGCCAACAAUAAAAACAAAAAAUCAUCAAACGCAAAGAAAGAUCCUCAACAACAGCAACAACAACAACAACAGGGUCAAAAUCAAAACGAGCCAAACAAAUCUGUCCGCUCUCAACGGCGUACAGAACGUGAUCAGCGUCGAAGGGAGGAGCAUGAGCAGAAAAAAUUAAUGCGGGAUCGGGAACAGCGUGACAAGAAAAAAGGCGACAAACCGGCAAAGCAACAAAGAAAACCAAAAGGUCAGCAGAAAACCGAUACCGACAUCACCAUUUUGAAGAAAGACACUAAACUGGCACAGGAUGCUGCAACAAAUGCAGAUGGUACUACCUUUCCCGACAUUACAGUUUGGUCUGGCGAUAAUGUUAAGGCUAACGAUCAGAAAGUUCCUGUAGAUGUAGAUCCUAAGAAGGAAGAAACAAAAAAACCAGCCACAAGAAAUUCCGAUUCAGGCAAAUCAGCUAAACAACGUUCUUUAGAAGAUCGUCGAAUAAGAAACAAGGAUCGUCCAUCGAUUGCCAUAUACCAGCCAAAGGCUAGAAUGCGCCUUGGGUCGGAUGAGAAUUCACAGAGUGCUGCCAAAUUGGAGGGUUGUGCUUCGGAGGGUGAAGCUUCACUGGUCGAGGAAAAGUCAUACAAGAAGAAAAGGCGUUCGGGUAAACGCAAUCGAUCAAAGCCCAGCGAAGCAAAAGAUCAACCCGAAACGAAUAAUGUGCGACGCGUGUCCAAAUCGUCUGAGAGCAGUAAUAAUAGUGCAAAUUCAUUAGGUGUUGUAAAUCCAACAAAAUAAUAAUUGAAUAAAGUGAAUGUAUAAAUUUUUCUUUAUUAAAUAAAUCCAUUGUGUAUGUUGCUUUUGGAUCAGUAGAA